AUGUGUUUUGUCAUAAUAAACCGUUGGCGAUCAUGCCAGCACGAUGAACGCACAAAGACUGUUAUCGCUUUCUGCACCAACGCCAAAGCCAAUGCCCAAGCUGAAGCUUCGUUGGCCGGUCCGAGAUACUGCGGUCGCGGGAUGUGCUCACCUCAAUUCAUCAACGAAUACGACUCCGACGACCCCAGCGGUGGUGUCUGUCCUGGCUGCACCGCCGAAAUGGAGGAAGCUGAAAGACGCAAGCACCAGGAGCAGCCUCCAGGAGAUGGCAGCGAUGCUUCUUCAACGACAAGUCAACGAAGCGGGCCCGAAAUCUUUCAGGCCUACCAGAACUAUCGGACCGACAAUCCAGUGCCCAAUGUCACAUUGCCUCUCCCUCCCCGUCAGGCAUUCCCCCCCUGGAGGGAGCCUCUCUCUCGUCCCGCACCAAAAGGCCAGAACAUCCCCGUCGUGAUGCCUCAGCAGUACCUCCAGCCGUACCUCCAGUCGCAACUCCACCCAGCUUCAAGGCUUCAUUUUUCACGUGGGCCACCAACUCCUUGUCCUCGUCCAAAUUGGUCGUUCGUCUACGACCUCAACGCUACUGGCCGGGAGAACUCUGCAACGAGUUCGGAGUACGAGAUCUCGAUGUCGUUCGAAUAG